GCCAUGCAGCAUCGUGGGGAGGAUACGAUCUAAAUGUAUAUUCUUAAAACGCUAUUGGAUAGUCACCAUGGGUCAUAUUUGCUAAUAGACAGACAACUGACACAAAUUGAGGAAUAGUGAAAUUCUGUUGAUUCUAGUUAUUUAUUCUUAAACAUGGAACAAAGAGGAUGCAGGGCAUGGCGCGAGCGACAGCCGUCGGUCACCUACAUGGUUGCUUUGAUUUUCUUUUGGAGCGGAGCAUCAGCCCAGAUAAGAUAUUCCAUCUCUGAAGAGCUUAAGGAAGGAACUGUCGUGGGGUAUAUAGCUAAGGAUUUGAGAAUAGAUCUGAGUACCUUGAAGGAAAGGGGUUUACGAAUCGUGUCUGGCUCGAACGAGCCCCUUUUCCAGCUAAACCAGAAUGACGGUAUCUUGUAUGUGACCCGAAAAAUAGACCGAGAGGAGGUGUGCGAUCGGAUCACGGUGUGUUUGAUCAACCUGAAAAUCGUUCUAGAGAAUCCGCUGGAGAUCCAUUAUGUCGCAGUGGAGGUGUUAGAUGUUAACGACCAUUCUCCCAGCUUUCCUGAGAAAGAGAAACGGUUAGAGAUGUUUGAGUCAGCGUUACCUGGGGCACGUUUUCAGCUACAAGCUGCGCGUGACCCAGAUAGUGGCCCAUACUCUGUUCAACAAUAUAAACUGAAAAACAAUGAUCAUUUUCGCAUAGAAGUUAAAGAUAGAGGUGAGGACCGUAAAAUGCCUAUUUUGAUUUUACAAAAGCAGUUAGAUAGGGAGUCUGCUAAGAAUCAUAGAUUACUUCUUACAGCCAUUGAUGGAGGAAAACCAGCGAGGUCUGGGACUAUCGAAAUAAUCGUUGAGGUAUUGGAUGUUAAUGAUAACUCACCUGUCUUCACUAAAGACGUAUACUCUGUAAUGCUUGGUGAAAAUUCUCCUGUCGGUGCAACUGUCAUUCAAGUAAAAGCAACCGAUUUAGACGAAGACGCAAACGGUGAAAUUAUAUAUUCAUUUGGUAAUGGAGUAGAUGACAAGUUACUGCGACUAUUUGGAUUGGAUCCGAAUACUGGUGAACUAACCGUAAAAGGUCUGAUAGAUUAUGAGGUAAACAAUAUUUAUGACAUUGAUAUACAGGCAUCUGAUAAGGGACCCGUUCCAUUGACAACAGACAAAAGCGUAAUUGUAAAGAUUAUUGACGUGAACGAUAAUGCGCCAGAGAUAGAAGUGACAUCAUUUUCGAAGGCAAUCCCCGAAGAUUCCAGACCCGGUACCACUGUAGCACUAAUCAGUGUUAAUGAUUUAGACUCUGGUCUCAAUGGGAACGUUUUAUGUUCUGUAAUGGAAAACUUGCCUUUCAAGCUAAUGUCGUCUUUACAGGAUAACAUGUAUUCUGUAGUCACCAAGUCACCUCUGGAUAGAGAGAAAGUAUCUCAAUAUGAUCUAACUGUAGUAGCCACAGACCAAGGCCAUCCGCCCCUGUCAUCUGUAAAGACUAUUAGUGUUGUGGUAUCAGAUGUGAAUGAUAACAGUCCAGAGUUUUCACUGAGCCCCUAUACUUUCUAUGUCACGGAGAAUAACGAACCAGGCGCCUCAGUAUUUUGUGUGAGUGCUUCAGAUCGUGACAUAGAUGAAAACGCCGUUAUUUCAUAUCAUAUUCUUAGAGACAGUGGCGAGGAGAACAAAUGGGCAUCUUUCCUCAACCUAAAUUCAGAAAAUGGGAACAUUGUUGCGCUUAAAAGCUUUGAUUUUGAAACCCUCAAAACAUUUAAAUUCCAAGUUGUAGCUACAGACUCUGGAACUCCGUCACUAAGCAGCAACGUCACAGUGAAUGUGUUCAUUCUGGAUCAGAACGACAACGCUCCAGUGAUCUUGUAUCCAGUCAGCGCUAACGGUUCCGCUGCAGGCGUGGAGGAGAUUCCCCGCAAUGUGAACGCAGGCCAUUUGGUGACUAAAGUGAGAGCCUAUGACGCUGAUAUAGGAUAUAACGGCUGGUUAUUAUUUUCACUGCAGGAAGUUACUGACCACAGUCUCUUUGCCUUGGACCGCUAUACAGGACAGAUUAGGACACUUCGGUCAUUCACAGAGACAGACGAGGCUGAGCACAAACUGGUCAUACUGGUAAAAGACAAUGGGAACGUUUCACUCUCAGCAACAGCUACUGUGAUUAUCAACGUUGUGGAGCCCAAAGAGGCUUUUGCAGCUUCUGAUGUUAAAAGCGCAGUAAAAGACGAGGAGGAGAACAGCAUUACAUUUUAUUUGAUCAUAACUUUGGGGUCAGUUUCAGCACUUUUUAUCAUCAGUGUCAUCGUGUUGAUUGUAAUGCAGUGCUCCAAAGCCCCAGUCGAUUCCUCCAAGUAUUUACAAGAUGUGAAUUACGACGGGACACUGUGCCACAGCAUCCAGUACCGAUCCGGAGACAAUCGGUACAUGUUAGUUGGACCCAGAAUGAGUAUAGGUUCUGCUAUUGUCCCGGGCAGCAAUGGGAAUACUCUAGUGGUACCUGACCACAGGAGAAGUGCUUCUGGAGAGGUAAGGAGUUUAAAACGACCUGUUCAGGAAUCUCCUAAUGACCAAUGCAGUGCCGAGAGCGUGUGCAUGAGUUUGAUGAUGGCGUACUAUUCUCAUUAUGUUUGUUAGAAUUUCUGUCUGCUAUUUCAUUGACCAAGAAAGGGGUAUGUGUGAAUGUAUGAACCAUUUUAGGUUUUUAAUUAGGCUAAAGAGGUUUGUUAGCUGUCAAAUGA